AUGGCGGGUCGCAGAGAUGCCAUACUCACCAGAGACAAAAACCAUCAAAUCACCGCUUCUCGAAUCGCCAUCGCCGUUUUCGUCGGUGUUCUUCUUGGCUGCAUCUUCGCUUUCUUCUCACCACACGGUUUCUUCACUUCCAUUCCAACUCCUCCUAUUCUCAAUCACAAGGUGGCUUUGUCUGCCUGUGAAACGCCGGAACAACUUAAUGCGUUGAAAUUGAACAUUCAAUCAGCUAAAGAGAAAAACUCUGACUUGAAGAAGGAGGUGAAAAGUCUAAUGGAAAGGUUGCGUUUGGCGGAGCAAGGAAAGGGUCAUGCGAGGGAACAAUUUGUUGUGCUUGGUGAGAAUCACAAGGCUGGUCCUUUUGGUACUGUCAAGGCUCUCAGAACGAACCCUCCUGUUAUUCCUGAUGAGUCGGUGAAUCCUAGAUUGGCAAAACUCUUGGAGGAAGUUGCUAUUUAUAAAGAGGUUGUUGUUGUUCUGGCUAAUACUAAUGUGUUGGAGAUGUUGGAAGUAUGGUUCACCAAUGUCAAGAGGGUUGGCAUUCUUAAUUAUUUGGUUAUAGCAUUAGAUGACAAAAUCCAAGAGUUUUGUAAGUCGAAUGAUGUUCCUGUCUAUAGAAGAGACCCGGAUGAAGGUGUUGAUUUGAUUGCCAAGUCGGGUGGGAACCAUGCUGUUUCGGGAUUGAAAUUUCGCAUUUUGAGAGAGUUUCUGCAACUGGGUUAUAGUGUUCUCCUCUCGGAUGUUGAUAUUGUGUAUUUGCAGAACCCCUUUGAUUAUAUUUAUAGGGAUUCAGAUGUGGAGUCAAUGUCGGAUGGUCAUAAUAAUUAUACGGCUUAUGGAUAUAACGAUGUCUUUGAUGAACCUUCAAUGGGUUGGGCUAGAUAUGCUCAUACCAUGAGAAUAUGGGUUUAUAACUCUGGCUUUUUUUACAUAAGACCUACACUUCCUUCAAUUGAGCUUUUGGAUCGCGUUGCCGACCGGCUUUCUAAAGAGAAAGCAUGGGAUCAGGCAGUUUUUAAUGAAGAGCUCUUUUCCCCUUCACAUCCUGGUUAUGAUGGACUUCAUGCUGCAAAGAGAACAAUGGAUAUGUACCUUUUUAUGAACAGUAAGGUUCUGUUCAAGACUGUGAGAAAAGAUGAUAAACUCAAGAAGUUGAAGCCCGUGAUUGUACAUGUUAACUACCAUCCUGAUAAACUUGUAAGGAUGAAGGCUGUAGUUGAGUUCUAUGUCAACGGGAAACAAGAUGCGCUCGACAGUUUCCCUGAUGGUUCUGAUUAG